GUCGUUUUCAUGUCCUCAGUAGGACCGUCAAUGGAUUUCAGAGAGAACUGAGCGGCGUGUGUGGAGAUAAACAUGGAGAAAAAUGUUGGGUCGCUACAGGAGCAGGCCCUGAAGAGAAAAGAGAGGCUCAAAGCAUUAAGAGAAAAACAACUACAUGGGCGAGAGGAAGAUGGGGAGCCAGAGAAGAAAAAGGCUUCACUAGAGGAGACUACUGAACAGAAACACAGAGAGUUGAAGCUGAGGAAUUACACUCCAGAGGACGAAGAGCUGAAGGAAAGGCAGGUGCCCAAAGCCAAACCUGCAUCUGUGGAGGAUAAAGUAAAAGACCAGUUAGAGGCAGCUAAUCCAGAGCCCAUCAUUGAAGAAGUAGAUUUGGCCAACCUCGCCCCAAGAAAACCAGACUGGGAUCUAAAGCGUGAUGUGGCAAAGAAACUGGAGAAGUUGGAGAGGAGAACACAGAGAGCCAUCGCUGAACUAAUCCGCGAUCGUCUCCGAGGCAGCGAGGAGGAGUUGGCCGGAGUUGUGGGAGCAGUAGGAGCGGAGGAAGGAGACUCUGACUGAAUCCAAGAUGUGACAGAUAAAUAAAUUUUAAAAAGAGAGACAACAGAGGGAGGCAGUUUACUUGGAUUGUACUGUCACAUCUGUGUUGUGCUCAAAGUCACUGCUUUUUUCAUUGCUGCAGGGAGUAAAGUAAUGUUGUCUGUCAGACCUUUAAAUUCCCUUUUGUGAGUCCUGUAUUGUAUCAUUGCAUUAUUACGUAUAAAUAUGUAGUAGUACAUUCUGUAUGUGGGUUACUGAGGUGCAUUGUUAAUGUAACCUCAAUAUUUUGUUGUAUUUUUAAAAUAUUUUCAAGUAAAAUAAUGUGAAUUUG